AUGUCUCUUGAUGAUAUCUUUGGAAGACUAAAAACCUAUGAACUUGAGAUGGAACAGAGGAAUAAAAGACAUGGUGGGAAACUUAAGCCUGUUGCUCUAAAAGUUCAAGGAGAAACUGCUGUGAAGAACAAAGGGAAAACACAUGUCACAAAGACUUACACUGAGUCAUCAAACUCUGAUGAUGACUCAAACUCUGAUGUUCUCUCAGACUCUGAGGAUAGUGAUACUGAGAUGAUGCAAUUGGCAGCAUUGAAGGUUAAAAGCUUCAAGAAGAUGGCUUACAAGAAUUUCAAUAAAGGAAAGAAAUUUUCAAGGAAGGACAGAAACUCUGACAAGAAAGGCUUCAAAAAGAAUGAAGGCAAGGAAGAAAAAUCUGGAAAUGCUGAUAAGUCUAAGUAUACCUGCUUCAACUGUGGUGAAAAGGGUCAUUUUGCAACUGAGUGCAAGAAAGCCAAAAAUGAAAAGGGACAAGCUUUUAUCACCAAAAAAGGAAGCUGGGCAGACUCAUCAGAUUCUGAGGAAGAAGUCAACUAUGCUUUGAUGGCAAACACUGAUAACAGUUCCGAGGCUUUUGAAACUAAGGUACCUCAUUCGACUCUUUCCUUUAACACUGAAGAUAUAACUGAGUUAAGAUUAUUCCUUAAAAGCUUGCAUAUCAGUUAUAGAGAUCAGACUUUAGAAAAUGAGAGAUUGAAAUCUGAAGUCUUAGAUGUUAAGAAAAACAAUGAUUAUCUUGAGAAAGAACUAGUUCAGAUGUUGGAAGUUCAGAAAGAAAGAGAUGACUCUGUUUUCAUUAAGAAUGAACUGGUAAAGAAAAAUGCUUCUCUUGAAUCAGAACUUGCUAGGGAAAAAGAGAUAAUAAGAACAUGGACUAACUCAGGAAAAACCACUCAGAAUAUCUUAGGAAGUGGAAAUUGGAAGAAAGGAUUAGGAUACACUAAUAAAAAUGAAGCUGAGUCAUUAAAACAAGAGUCUAUUAUAAUUGAAAGACCUAAGGUUGCACCAGUUAGAUUUGCUGCAGAAUCAGAAAUUCAGAACAAGUCAAAAACUGAUAAACCCAAACAGCUAAGAUUUGAAGAUGAAGAAGCAUUCUCUGAUUCAAUAAACUCUGAUUCUGAAAUUAUAUCAGAGUCUGUUAUUCCAAAUCAUCAUCCUCAAGCACAUGCUGAGGGGGAGCACAAUAACCAUGAACAUCUGGAAGAAAAUGAUGAGGAAUUAUCAGACAACUCAAACUCUGAUGCAGAUUCAUCAAACUCUGAUAGAUCACUAUCAGAAAAUAAUGAGAGCACAUCUUCAGGGGGAGCAUCAGUAAAUCAGAAUGCUCAUGAAGACAACAUGAAUCAUGGGGGAGAAGCAUCAGAGAAUUAG